AUGCCAGCUGCAGUUCCGGACCCGGAGGAACCCAGUUCCCCAGCUGCAAGGAAUGGACCCCUGAAUCCCGAAGCUCAAGUCUCUUCGGAGGACGAGCCCGUUGCGCGACCUACGGUAUUUCAGGAAUUGGCUCUUCCAGACCCCGGGUCCAUGGACGCACAAGUCGCACUAGCCCUGUCGUUCGUGAUGGUAGCCAUGGCUGGGGAAAGCCUCGACGCAGACCCCGCCGUCUAUUAUCACCAAGGUUCCGAUUUCGUGCUCUUGGACAUGCUCAAAAACCAGCUGGCAUAUCUCCCCGACCUCAGCGACCUCCGGCCCGAGGCCAACAUCGAAGACGCAAUCGUCGGUGAGCCCGGGGAAUCGGACCCCGAGGAGGGAGAGAGGCUCCGGUCCAUUCUCCGGAAACACCGCAUGAUUUUUUGGGAGAAGGGAACGCGCUUCCUCCCCCAGCCCGAGGCGUCAACCCCCGCCGAUUUACUAUCCAAGGUGUAUGAGUUGCUCAAACGUCUCCUGGAAACGGGUCUGAUCGAGUACUCCAACUCAGAAUGGGCAUCGGCCAUCGUCCUCGUGAUGAAGAAGAACAGCACCGAAGUCCGCUUAUGCAUCGACUACCGGUUGGUGAACCAACUGAUUAAGUUGAUGAACUACCCCCUACCCCUAAUCGACGAGCUCAUGAGCAAUUUCGCCGCCACCAUGUGGUUCAUGACCCUAGACAUGGCGAGUGGCCCGAUGACGGCCCGAGCCCAGCUGAUUUCGGCAUUCAUUUGCCCGCUCGGACAUUUUCAGUGGAAGCGCAUGCCGUUCGGGCUCAAGAAUGCCCCGUUGAUUUACCAACAGCUCCUGGACAACUGUCUCUGGGGAUUCGUCCGGUUACCCCCGGAUGAGGAACGACUCGUCGACCUGGAGGUGUUAGAAUUCUUGGGUAUCUCUCCCGAGGACUCGGUCGCCCAGGAAUCCCAGGGCACGGAGCCCCAGGGGGGGCGGACCAGCACUGACACCGUGUUCCACCAGAACUGGGUCGCCCCGAAACAGAUGGAGCCUGUGCUGUCCCGGAGUUCGUACAUCGAUGACAGCAUCUACGGAGCUCCGUCCUGGGAUGACCUGUGCAAGACGUUGAAUGGCCUCCUGUACCGACUGUGGUACUGGAACAUCUCAGUGAGCCCCCCGAAGAGUGAAUUCGGAGUCAAGAAAUGCAAGUACCUCGGGCAUGACAUCAGCUCGGACGGAAUCCGGACGUCCCCAAAUCUGGCGGAAAAGGUCCUCAACUUGCCUUUCCCGAAGACCCAGAAGGGAGUACAGUCCUUCCUCGGGAGCCUCAACUACUAUGCUAAGUUCAUCGAAGACCUACCCGUGCUCGCAGCCACUCUAUACGAAAUAUCGGACGAACAACUCCGUUCCGGGCAAGAUUUGGAGAAGCCUAAGCAUGCGUUCAAGAUACUCAAGGGCCGACUAGUGUCGACACCACUACUCCAGCACCCUGACCCCGGGAGGCAGUACGUAAUCAUAUUGCACGCCAACCCCCUGGGCAAUCAGUGCGGUUCUGGGGCAAGACCACGACGGCACCAUACUACCCGUGCGGACGGGUGCUCCAAGACGCCGAACUCAGGUACCACCCCGCCACUAGCGCUGCUCCGAGUCCUGAACACAUGCCACACUAUGAUUACGAGCUGUUUCAAGAAGAAAAUUCGCGUGUAUACCAGGUACUCGGUGCUGGUGUGGCUGUUCAAGUCCAAGACGGUAGAUGGGAGGUGCCUCAAGUGGGCAGUCAACCUGUCUCCCUGA